AGGGGCGGGACUUCCGGGCCGCCAGAGUGCCUUCGGACAACCCGUGGGCUCUGGCCGAACAAGGACCGCGGGGUGCCGCGUGGACGCCGGAAGAGGGUCGCGCGCAGCGGAAGAAAUGGCAAAAAGUCUUUUGGCUUCAUCUCUGUCUGUAAGAACAAAACUCUUACAAACAGGAGUGUCACUUUAUAAUACAACUCAUGGCUUCCAUGAGGAGGAAGUAAAGAAGAUACUGGAGCAGUUUCCUGGUGGGUCCAUUGACCUUCAGAAGAAGCAGAAUGGCAUUGGCAUUCUGACGCUAAACAACCCUAAUAAAAUGAAUGCCUUCUCAGGUACCAUGAUGCUACAACUUUUGGAAAGGGUAAUUGAAUUAGAAAAUUGGACAGAAGGGAAAGGCCUCAUCGUCCAUGGAACAAAAAACACUUUUUGCUCAGGAUCUGAUCUGAAUGCAGUGAAGGCACUCUCUACUCCAGAAAAUGGAGUGGCCUUAUCUAUGUUCAUGCAAAACACCUUAACAAGAUUUAUGAGACUACCAUUAAUAAGUGUUGCUCUGGUCCAAGGCUGGGCGAUGGGUGGAGGAGCAGAACUUACUACAGCAUGUGAUUUCAGGUUAAUGACUGAAGAAAGUGUGAUCAGAUUUGUCCACAAGGAGAUGGGUAUAGUUCCGAGCUGGGGUGGUGCCAGCCGGCUGGUUGAAAUCAUUGGCAGCAGACAAACUCUCAAAGUGUUAAGUGGGACUCUCAAACUGGAUUCCAAGGAAGCUUUAAAUAUAGGCUUGGCUGAUGACGUCUUACAGUCCUCAGAUGAAGCUACAGCUCUAGAACAGGCACAAAAGUGGCUGGAGCAAUUUGUCAGUGGACCCCCACAAGUCAUUAGGGGUUUAAAAAAAUCUGUCUGUUCUGGCCGAGAAUUGUAUUUAGAGGAAGCAUUACAGAAUGAACGAGAUGUUUUGGAAACACUGUGGGGUGGACCUGCAAAUUUAGAGGCUAUUGCUAAGAAAGGAAAACAUACUAAGUAGUUUUUGAAAUGUGAGUGUCCUGCAAGUGAAGCUGCAGUGGGAGCCUGCAUGGAGGUGAGAUGACACUAGAAAUAAGCAGCAGAAAUCAUCCGAAGGGGACUGCUUAGAUGCUUAUUUAGUUUGGGUGGCGUUCUCCAUAUUUCAAAUCAGUGCUCUGCUGUCUGUCUGUUUGUCUCACCGUUUAAUACUUCUACCAAUUUUUACAUUCCUGUAGUAAUUCUUAGCCUGGGCUUAUAUUUUGUGACAUACUAAAUUAACCUUUAAGAAAGGGUCUUAAACUUGCUACACAGCCAAGGGUAGUCUUGAAUUCCAGACCCUCCUGUGACCGCCUCCCAAAUGCUUGUUAAUACUGCUGUUUCUGGCUGUUUCAGUCCUUCUUAAGGUGAAAUAAUUUACAAAAGCAAAGUUAAAAACAGACUUACAGGACCUUCGUAAAUCUUUCAGAUGAAGCAAAAAGCUGGGAGAAAUUAGAGAGGCAUGUAAGAAAUAUUAGAGAGAGAGAGAGAGAGAGAGAGAGAGAGAGAGAGAGAGAGAGAGAGAGAAAAUCCUCUGUGCACCUAGGAUUCUGAUGGGAAAUGGUUCUUCAUUUAAAGAAAAAAAGGUGCAUCUUGCCUCUGGUGUGGGAGCUUUUGUUGGUCUUUUCAACCAUCUUCUAUUUUAAAAGACUACUGAACAGUGAAAGCCACUGUACUCAGCACCGGCUGCUAUACAGAGUAGCACUGUAUUGGUCCCUGGAAUUUUCAAGUUAAUAGUAAAACACUAAUGUUGAUAGGGUUUUUUAAAUUGAAAUUAUUAAAUAUUCAUGAAGCAUCCUUUUCAUUUUCACCAGAUUUAUUUUGAGUAGUACCUAACUUUAAUUUUUGUGUGGCUAUCUUUUAAUAAAUAAAUUUAGUAUAAACAAAUAUCCCAAACUUUGUCUAUUUCAGAAUUCACUUAUUAAAAACUGUGUAAGAAUUAACUUCUAACCAGUCUCAACAAGAGGUAAAAUGUAAGCCGCCGACCUGACGUUGACUAAACGGAGCCGCAGAUCUGUCAGCGCUGCCGCUUUGACUCCUAUUCGCGUGCCAGCCGCGGCAAUCCAAGAUGGCAGCUGCUUAGGCUCUGGUAGUAACUACCAGUGCAUGCGCAGUGCACUUUGGAAUUUGGCUCCAGCCCCUCCCGAACGGGGCAUGCAAAUGAGGUACCACUAGGGUACCACAAACCUGACCAGUCACCCCCUCCUGGGCGGGGUAUGCUGAGGGGUAUGCAUAUGAGGCACUGCAAAUUGACCAAUCGUGCACCUCCAUGCGCUUUGCUCCGCCCAGGGCUGGGGGUAUAUAAGCAGCCCGUUCUGGGCAUUCAAGGUCUCUCCCAGAAAUCUAAAAGAGCGCUUCCAAUAAAGGCUGUUGAGAAGGAUC